AUGGAAUUAAUGAAAGCAGAUGAAGUAAAGUUGGAUCAAGAACUCUGGCUUAUUCAAAUCAAGCAAGGCCUGCAAUUUCAUGACGAGCAAGAAGAAGAAAACGACAUUUGUGUAUCCGUCUUCAGUGUUCCCAACGAGCUGUUGGCAGUGAAGCCAGAAGCAUAUACUCCGCAGUGCGUCUCCAUUGGACCAUAUCACCAUUGGAGAUCCCAAUUGUUCGAAAUGGAGAGAUACAAAGUAGCUGCUGCGCGAAGUUUUGAGAAGACCAUAACCGGUAAAUUUGAAGCUGUAGUGGAAGAGGUGAAGAAGUACGAUUGGCAAAUCAGGAACUGCUACCAGAAAUUUCUUGACUACAAGGAGGAACCCCUUGCAUGGCUCAUGGCUCUUGACGCGUCGUUCCUGCUCGACUGCUUGCAGUACUACGUCAAACGAGCGGAUCGCGUUUCUUCGCAAGUGUCCCAGGUGAAGCGACUCGCCAGAGUUUUAGAUACAACUCACAGAAGUGCAACCCACAAUGCAAUUAUGAGAGAUCUGAUGAUGUUCGAGAAUCAGUUACCUUUGUUCCUAUUACAGAAGCUGCUGGAAAUGCAGUUGGGUUCGGAAGAUAACGCGGAAGAAAGGCUCUGCAAUCUGGUGACUCUCGUCUGUCAAGAAUUGUCGCCAUUUAUGUUGAGGAAGCGGGAUAGUUCAAGGCUGUGCAUAAAGGAGACGGGUCACAUAUUGGAGGCGCUAUACUACUCUAUUGUCCCUGGAGCAGCAAUAGACGACACCAUUUCUAAGAAGAACGAUGACGGGAAUGUCUCUUUGCCGGAAUCAACCUGCUUAAGGCGUGCUCUGAAAGCUUUAUGGAAGGCUCUCUCGUCGUUAAAAACCAGUCUUGUUCAAGUCUUCUCGGCACUCUCUGAGCGUGUCUUCAGCGGAAGGCCUGUCCAGUUGGCCACGCAGUUGUCCACGAAUCUUGUCUCUGCUUUUGAAACUCUAUCAAUUAAGUGCAAAGAUGUUGAAACAGAUGAGGAGAAAGCAUAUUCCUCAGUGGAAACUCCUCCAACACGCGACGAACUAGAAAUUCCCUCGGUCUCCGAAUUAUACUCAGCAGGGGUAACACUGCGUCCGACCGAGGGAGAUCUUACCAGAAAUCGCUUCGACCAGACCAGUGCAACUCUUUAUCUUCCCAAAGUGAGGUUGGAUUCCAACACCGAAGUAGUUCUCAGAAAUUUGGUGGCUUUCGAAGCUUCCGCGUCUCCUGGUGAUUUGAUCUUCACUCGCUACACUGAUUUCAUGAACGGUAUCAUCGACACAGUCAAUGAUGUUCAGCUACUAAGAAAGAGCGGGAUUAUCUACAAUCACCUGGAAAACGAGGGGAAAGUGGCAAGCCUGUGGAACGGCUUGGGUAAAUGCGUCAAAUUGACGCAAGUUAAAUAUUUGGACCAGGUUAUAGCGGACGUCAACAAGCAUUAUAACAACAGAUGGAACGUUGCUGCGAAGAAGUAUGUAAACAAAUACAUAUUUGGUCCAUGGCAGCUCUUGACAGUUCUGGCCACGGGGAUACUUCUGCUUCUGACUUGCUUCCAGGCUUUUUGUUCUGUGUAUGACUGUAAGCGUUGGUGGAGCCAAAGUAAUCUUUUACAGGACUAA